CAAGAAUCGAGCGCGAAGAAAUGAAAUCGGUUUAUACUAGCUCGUGGAAAAGAUAUUGGAUAUUGGGUGGCCUUGAUGCCGUCCUGUAACGCGUUUGAAAUCCUACUCCUGUAAUUGUUUGGAAUGUCUGCGCUCUCUGCUCUUAGUUUCGCUUCCUAGAUUAUCCAAAUCUGACCUUGCGUGACUAAUGACUGUUUUUUGUUACUAUCCUUAUUGAGCGCAAGUACAAAAAGCUGGACGUUGCAGUUCACUUCACAUACUUGUGUGUUAUUUUCAUCGCCUCGUCUAGUGUGGCAGGAAAAGUUUUACAAGUCGGUGAUAAAAAUAGACUGCACUUUUGAAUAAACUUGGCCAAUUACUGUCAUUGAUUAUUUAUACUUAUUCAUACUCUUCUGUCCAUCAACUCCUUAUUACAGUUUCUGAAUGCCAUAAUAGGUAUCUUAUUUUCUUGUGCAUCAGCCUGAAUGGAUAACGCUCGGCAAGGAGCUUGUAAUCUGCAAACGAUUUUAUCGGAGAAAGGUUUUUCAUUCUCGUUAUCAGAUGUGCAGGAAUUUUUGGAUGUGCUUGAAGGAGUUGCGCUGAAACUUAUCAUUACCAAUGUUCCCUCAGAAGUUUUCAAAUAUGAUAUAGCACAGGGAUGCUUCGAAGACCUAUUCAAGUCUUUUGACGACCAAUCCAAAUUUGUAUACCUCCCGAGUUUUCAUAGAGUCUUAGAAGCCUGUACUCCAAACAACCAAAGACAACUGCUCACCAUGUAUCCUAAUGACCUAAAACCGAUUUACAACGACUGCAGAUAUGUUAGUGAAUUUUUAGUCAGCUGA